AUGAAUGGAAAUAAACCCAUCCCACCCAGUAAAGACGAUGAGUUACCUGGAGAACCAAAUAAUACUAGCACUGCAACCGUCAUUGACAAUUUGACUUCAACUGAUAAUCCGGCUACAACUGGCUAUAUGACAACAGAAGAUUCAACGACAACGACGACCACAAAAACACGGAAUAAAGUUCUUCUGCAAACAGCAGUUACGUAUGCGCAAGGGGAGAAUGGCUCCAAUCCAAUACCAGUUCGAUUACUUUUGGAUAGCGGUAGCCAACGUUCCUACAUUACCAAUUCAUUAAAGAAGCGACUCGGUCUGGUUCCAAUACGAACAGAAACUCUUAAUUUAAAUACCUUUGGUGAUGAUCAUUUUAAGAAACGACGUUGCAAUAUA